AUGGCCUCCCCAGACGCAAUCCCUGUUGGUUUCUCCUUGGCCUCCCUCAUGGGCCCCGGUUGGUGGGGAUAUGCCCUCAAUUUGACAAUGUUCGGCGCGAGUCUGAUACAAGCACUCAACUACUUCCGCGCCGCGACCAACGACCGGUUAAUUGUCAAGCUUAGUGCAUUAGCAAUGAUUGUCAUGGAUAUCGCUUCAAGCGCCCUUAUUAUGUCGAUUUUCUGGGACGAUCUCAUUUUGCACUACGGUGGUCUUGCCCAGUACUUGGUCACCAACAAGCAAAUUUCUGCGGAGUGUUACAUUUCUGGCUUCAUUGCUUUCUUGGCCCAAAUGUACUUUGUUCACCAGAUCUACUACGUCAAGCCCAACGGUCUGCUCCCGAAGAUUGCACUCGGCGCUAUUGUCGGCCUCGCUUUUAUUGGCUUGACCUUCUCGAUGGGUUGCGCUACGGUCAUGCUCCUCAACCCUACCGCGCCUCACUACAGCCACAAACUCGAGAUUGUAUUCGGCGGUUCGAAAGGCGCCAACGCUCUUUGUGACAUUAUCGCGACGUUCAUGCUUUGCAAGUAUCUCUCGAAUUCUAAAGGCUCGAUCAAAUCGACGGCUGAUCUCCUCGAUGCGCUCACGACGAUUUUCAUGAACCGUGGUGCCGCAGUCAUGAUCAUCCAAGUUUUCACCUUCGUCAUGUUCUUUGCCUUCGAGAACCCCCAGUAUUGGCUUGCUCCUCAUAUGCUCCUCACCAAGCUCUAUGUCAACACUUUCUUCGCCAUUCUCAACUCGCGUGUGUACCUGCGCGAGAAAUACCUCGGCGGGAGCUACACUGUCUCGUCCUUUGGCAUGUCCACUACAGCCAAUUCUGGGGGCCAUGGUACGACUGGGCCCGAGAAGGCGUCGUAUGCCUACCCAGAGCCGAUGGCUUUCGCCCCCAAUCCGAAUGGUGGCAUUGCGAUGACCCGAGAAGUCCACGUCAAAGGGGACGACGCCAGCUCCGUUUAA